AUCUCUCUCUCUCUCUCUCUCUCUACAUUUCCCCAAUCUUCCCUUCCAAAAUUUUCACGCUCUGCAAUUUUUCCACAGCCUCCAUGUCCGAGGCUCAGCUACUCCUCCAUUUAGCGCUUCACCUGCAAUCUAGCUAAACCGAAUUCCUCAAAUUCAGUUACGCACAGGUAAAAGUAAUCGAGCGUAUAUAUAUACGUAAAUAUAGGUAUAUAGAUAUAUAUAUAUAUAUAUAUGGCGAUUCAGCUGGAGAAUUUGGUGCAAUCGAUCAAAUCGAAGGUCAGGUCGUUGAAGAAAUCGAAGAAACCGUACGUGAAGAUGGAUAAGAGUGCGAGCGUUAAGGUUGAGAUCCGCAGCCGGAAGGCGAAGCAACUAAUCGCGAAGACUCUGAAAGCGGCGGAUCGUCCUGGCAAGAAAAAUCUCUCCUAACUUUUAAUCUACUCUCUAUUCUCCUCUCUGUGUAGGUAUGUGAAUGAAAGAAUUACUGAAUGAAUGAAUCUGCCGAUUCUGUGUUGCUCAUCCAAUCCUUCUCUCUCUAUGAGUGUUUUGAGAUUUGAUUUGAAAGCAAAAUGGAAUUACAGUGUCGGUUUUGGAUUUACCUUUU